GGUAGCUUGCUAGCCAAAAUUUAAAAAAAAACUAAAAUAUUAAAGCUCUUUUACAUGGUUUCGGUGUAUAUUAACCACUGUAUUUUAAACACACUUUUGUCGUCUUAUCCCGUUUAAAUUAACAUUUACUCUGUUGUUAUUAGUCAGGUAGCCCGGUUUGAUAAAUUGGCCUAGCACUAGGCUAGUCGCUAAUGCUAACUAGCUAGCUGUCAUCCUUGACCAUGAGUUCACUAAACUACUCUCCUCUUGCUAAAGAAGAAGAGGUCUGCUGGACGGAGAAAGAGGGUCUGUGGCUGAAUGUUGUCGUGAAAGAGGAGAAGGAAGAAGAGGAUGUCACAGUAAAACAAGAAGUAGAAGGUGAGGCUUUUACAGUGAAAGAAGAAGAGAAAGACGUUUCAGUGAAAGAAGAGGAAGACUCGUUCAGAGUUAAAGAGGAGGAGGAUGUUACUGUAAAAGAAGAGGAGGAGGAGAGAGAGGAAGAUGCAGUUUUUGGAGUGAAAGAGGAGAUGACUGUCAUAUCGAAAAAGGAGGAAGAGGAGGAGGAGACAGGAGACCUGAUUAACACCGGAGAGAGACGUGACUAUAGUGGAUCCUCCGGGGAGCCUCAACAACCUCAUGAUGCUGACGAGGUUGAGAAGAGUCUCUCCACGUCAGAACACAUCAAGAAACACCCGCGGAGAUUAAUCUAUUCAGCAGAACUUAAAAGACAUCAGAGAAUCAACACAGGAGAAAAAUCUCAUAGCUGUGAUCAAUGUGGGAAGAGUUUUGCUAAGGCAGGAGGCCUGGCAACACACCACAGAAUACACACGGAGAAAAACCGUACCACUGCUCCGACUGUGGAAUGA